GAAUUUGUUUAGGCCUUGUUUUUAUAGUUCAGGUUGUUUUGGUACUUUUUGAACUGUUUUCUAUCGCAAAUCUUGUUUGAUUUGCAAAAUUUAAUUUUAUUAAUUUCUGUUUCUCAUGGGUUUUUAGCCUCUUUGUGAAUUCUCUGCCAUUUUUAUAUUAUUGCUUUUUAGUGAUGAUUUAAUUCACGCUUUUGUGAAUUUGGGAUAAACAGUUAUUCCUGUUUAGUUAUGAUCCUUUUUGCUUUCUGGUUCUACCUAAAGCCCAAGUAGAUGCCUAACAACAAUUUACAAAUAACUCAGACCAACACCCAUUUUGAAGUGAUCAUUUUACUCUCUUGUAAUUUAUAUAUAAACACACACACAAUUGUAUAUAUCUCAUUCUGCGCGCACAUAGUAGGUGCAGGAAUGAUACAAUUUAUGAAGCCAACCCUCAUGAUUUUUUUGAUUGUUAAAAGGAAAAAAGGUGGAGCCAUAACUCCGACAAUUCAAGCUUCUGUUAGUCAUUGACUACUACCGUUGAAUAAUUUCCUCUACUCUAAAAUUCUUGCAUAACUGAGUAAUAGAGAGAGGACAUUUCAAGUUGAGAACAUGCGUAGCGCCUCAUCACGUUCUUGUAUGUGUAAUGAUCUUUAAUUUGCCAAGCCUUAUGACAGUAUUCCGUCCAAUUCAUCAUUCCACUCUUCUGCCAAUUCUCGAUGAGGAUCCAUAAAGUUUUUGUUGCUAGAAGACAGAGAUGGGAUCAAUAGAGGAAAGGUCCGCACUGGAGCUCGAAGACAAGAACCUUGUCAACCAUGGGUCAAUUGAUAGAAAGAUCAAUUCUAUUGAUGACGGACCUUUCUCUAUUGCUGGUUCAGAAAAUAUUCGUUGCAAUGGUAUAUUGAAAAGAGUGUUCAUCAGCAUUAAGAUAGUAUUCUUCUGUGACAAGAUCAACUUACUUGUACCUUGUGGGUUUUUGGCAAUAGUGGUUGAUGGAAUGGCCAGCCUUCAAGGUUGGGUCUUCUUGCUAACUUUACUGGGCAUCAUACCUUUGGCAGAGCGUUUGGGUUGGGCAACAGAGCAGCUGGCUUUCUACACUGGAGCAACAGUUGGGGGUCUACUAAAUGCUACUUUUGGAAACGCGACAGAACUGAUAAUAUCAAUUCAUGCAAUGAGAAGUGGUAUGAUACGUGUUGUCCAGCAGUCACUACUGGGCUCAAUUCUGUCCAACAUGCUGUUAGUACUUGGAUGUGCAUUUUUCAGUGGUGGAAUUGUCCAUUCUGAUAAGGAACAGGUGUUUGACAAGGGAAAUGCUGUAAUGAACUCAGGAUUGCUUUUAAUGGCAGUCAUGGGCCUUUUGUUCCCAGCUGUCCUUCACUUCACACACACUGAGUUGCAUUUUGGGAAGUCUGAGUUGGCUCUUUCAAGGUUUAGCAGCUGUAUUAUGCUUUUGGCAUAUGCUGCCUAUCUUUUUUUCCAGCUGAAGGGCCAAAACCAUCAAUAUUCCCCAAUUAACGAGGAAGGGGGUCAGACUGAUGGGAAUUCAGAUGAUGAAGACGCUCCUGAGAUCACCUUAUGGGAAUCAAUAAUAUGGCUCACUAUUUUGACCGCAUGGAUUUCAUUCCUCUCAGAAUACUUAGUUAAUGCGAUAGAGGGUGCCUCUGUUGCAUUAAACAUUCCAAUAGCAUUUAUAAGCGUCAUCCUGCUCCCAAUCGUAGGGAAUGCAGCAGAGCAUGCAGGUGCUAUUUUGUUUGCCAUGAAAGACAAGCUUGACAUUUCCUUGGGAGUUGCAAUAGGCUCAUCGACCCAGAUUUCCAUGUUUUUGAUUCCAUUUUGCGUGGUUGUUGGUUGGAUCUUUGGGGUUCCUAUGGAUUUGAAUUUUCAACUUUUUGAGACAGCCACUCUUUUCAUGACUGUUCUAGUAGUAGCCUUCAUGCUGCAGGAGGGAACUUCUAAUUACUUUAAAGGGCUAAUGCUCCUUUUUUGCUACCUGAUAGUAGCUGCAAGUUUCUUUGUACAUAGAGAUCCUAAAUCUAUACAGGAUAAGCCCAUGAAAACUUAGAUAAUUUUGGUACCAAUGGAUUCAUGUUGUAAACCUGCUGAAGCUCAAGGUCCAUUUGGUGGAUGCCCAAAAAACUUGUAUUGUUUAAAGCCAGGACUGGUGAGGUUGUUCUGCUAAAGCUGAAGGUCCUCCUUUCACUGUAUAAUUUCAGAAAUUGAUGCAUACCAAAUUUGACUUCCACGACGGUCACUUGACUCACUUGUGCUUUUGUUUUUUCUUUCAAUUAUAUGUAACAGCUGGAUUUUAGUUUAUUGCCCCUUACAACGAUUAAUUUGGGUACUCUAGCUAUCGUGUUAGAUUUAUAGGAAUUAGUGGCAUAGAUUGAUGAACUGUAAAACAAGAGAAAAAAAAAAAAGAAGAAGAAGAAAAAAAGGCUAUUCUUUUGUUUUUAUACACUUACUUGUAUACCAUGACUUUGGAUUCACUAUCCCAUAAAUACCAUUGUGCUUUGGUGCUCCUUUCUCAUAGUUA